AUGGAGUUCCUCGUGCACAACAUCUCGCACUCGGACCUGGUGGUGGAGCUCUCGUGGCUGCGCGAGGACGGCUCCACGAGCAGCAGCAACGGGCCCCGCGUGCCCACCGCCCGGCAGGGCGUCGUGACCGUGGACGUGGAGGGCGCCGCCGUGCCGCUGUCCGUGCUGGGCCGCCCCAAAUUCAGCCUCUUCCAGCAGACCAGCCAGCAGAUUCUCGAGCGCGUGCAGCAGCUCCGACACCCCCAGCGCGACGCCACGCACGCGGCCGCCGUGCUGAGCGUGCCGGAGGCGCAGGAGACGCCGUCGCUGCUGCACCCGAGCCUGCUGGACAUCAGCACGCCCGGCGAGCGCUGGAAGGCGCGCUGCCAGGAGACGGCGUCGCCCAUCGGCUUCAACCUGGCCGACGCGCCGAUCCCCAUCAGCAACGGGGAGCUGCUGAGGGACUUUCAGCUGAGAGGCGAGCUGGAGACCACGAGGCUCGUGGAGAGACACUGGGACCGCGUGGGCAUCACGGCCGUCUACUUCCCGCUGGUGGCGCUGCUGCUGCCCAAGUGGACGCAGGUGUUGAAGGAGUUCCAGUCCGAGGGCAGUCGGCAGCUCGUGUACUUGAUCAGCGGCGCUGGGAUCCCGCGCAACGUGCAGCACUCGCGCAGCGGCAACUCGACGGAGAUCACGGCGCAGCUCAUUGCGCUGUUCGUGCACCAGUACUACCCGCACAUGACCGCGAUCCAGGUGCACUCAGGCUCCAACAUCUUCCGCUUUGAUGACAACGUGCAGUUCAUGACGCGCGAGCUGAGGCCGCUGCUCGAGGCCCAUCGAGAGACGCUCGUGGACCGCUGCGGCGAGGCGUGGAAGUCGCACUUUCACGUGACCAUCGCGUAUGCGGACGGACCUCCGGCGCGGCUGAGCGCGUUGAACGCCUCGCUGCGCAUGUAUCGACCGUCGUACCUCCACAUUUGGCAGCUCAAGACGUUCUGGCACCAGCGGAAGCUGUCCAUGGCGGACGUGGACUUCCACUCGUUCGAGAACAUCGAGGCUUCGCCAUUGGUGGCGCCCUCCAAGGCGGACGCCAUGACGCAGAUGAUCGUGCGCGAGAUGCGGAUAUUCCGCGACCAGUUCCUCGCGGCGGAGGGCGACGGCGAGGUCGCUAGCUUUUGGCUGCGCAAGUCGCGCAAACCCGUGCUGGCCGUGCUGCUGAUUGAGAAACCGGCCGCGGUGGUGGGCGACCGGCCCACGAUCGUGGUGCAGCGCGGGAUGAACUGCGAAGUCUCGAUGCCUACAGGCUCGCUGUGCGCUGAACGCAACGCCAUCGGCAGCGCGCUGGCCAGCGACCCGACGCUGAGUCGCCGCGCCUUGAAGAUGAUCGCUGUGCUGGGCUUGAACCUCACUGCAGAGGGCCCCAGCAGCAACGUCACCAGCCCCACAGCCUCCGAGACCAGAGGGAGCGAGCGAGAAGGGCCUGCUACAUGCACCAAGGAUACCAAGGGCAACGGCAACGGCAAGAGGGACCCAUCUGACGCCGAAGCGACGUUUGACAAACCGACUUCAACUUCAACUGAGCCUGGCCCCGAGCUAGUCGCGCAGCCGCAGCCGCUGACGGUCCGGAUCCGUCCUGCUGGCGAGCAGAGCUCCCCGGAGCGUAACUCCCUAUCCUUGGCAGCGGCCAGCCCGCGUGCACGAAGCCAUGUCGGUGGUGCCGGUCGAGGACGCGGCAAGCGCGGGCCGGAGACUAAGAACGCCAACUUGACAUCCCCGAGGAAGCCCAAGCGGCCGCGCACCUUCUCGAUGGACGACGUGGCGGUGGACGAGAUGCUGCGCGCUAGCGGCCCGCCCGACCGGAACCCGCUGGCGCCGUGCGGGGCCUGCAAGGAGUGGCUGGUCAAGAUCGCGGAGGCCAACCCGUCGUUCCGCGUCGUCACGUUCGAGAACUCGCGCUGUCGUAACGUUUACAUCAACCAGCUCAUGUGAACGGGCCACGUCCUGCUGGUAGAGGUAGAGUGAAGAGAGUGAACGAGGGACUAACUUACCAACUUUUCCGUGCCAACAAC